AUGGCGGCUCCUCCUCCCAACGAUGGCUACGGCCAGUAUCCCCCUCAGCAGUACGGCGAGCAACCCCAAUACCCUGUCGAUCCCGCCCAACAAGCAUAUGGUAGCCCGGCCUCUCCUCCGCCGGCGGCCGCCUCCCAGCACGGCGCCGAGCAUGGCAAGAAGAAGAAGAGAGCAUACGCCGCCCAGGCCUUCGAGGUUGCCACAGGAGGCAAUGCCGUAGUAGGCGGACAGCCAGCAGCAGCACAAUACGGGAUCCCUCAGCCAGCAGCACCGGGAUUUGGUGGAUAUCCGGCGCAAGAUGCCCAACAAGUGGCGUACGGCGCUCCGACAACACCGUACGGCGCGCCUCAGCCUGCCGUACCCGGAGUCGGAGGCUAUCAGGCCCCUGAUCCCUACUACUCCCAAGGUGUUCCUCCGGCCGCCGUUGGGCCUGCCCCCGGAGGUGUUGCCGGUAUUACCGCCGGUAUCCAGUCUAUGGGCUUCGGAGGACAGCCGCAGCAGCCGCAGCAACUUCCUGCCCAGACGAGGGGUCAUGUGAACCAGCUUUAUCCCACCGAUCUACUCAACCAGCCCUUUAAUGUUGCCGAACUCGAGCUGCCGCCUCCCCCUAUUAUUCUUCCCCCUAAUUCUAGCGUUACCCCUUCCCCAGAUGCCAACUGCGCGCCAAAGUAUGUGCGAUCGACCUUAAAUGCCGUACCCACCACCCACUCGCUGCUCAAGAAAAGCAAGUUGCCCUUUGCGCUCGUUAUUCAGCCAUAUGCAGCUCUUCAUGACUUGGACGAUCCGGUUCCAGUUGUGCAAGACCAAGUGAUCUCGCGCUGCCGAAGAUGUCGAUCCUACAUCAACCCAUUCGUGACCUUCCUUGACCACGGUCACAGAUGGCGCUGCAACAUGUGCAACCUAACCAACGAUGUUCCCCAGGCCUUUGAUUGGGAUGCGGCGGCCCAGAAGAGCGUGGAUAGAUGGCAAAGACAUGAGCUUAACCAUGCGGUGGUUGAGUUCGUUGCGCCGCAGGAGUAUAUGGUCAGGCCUCCCCAGCCUCUGGUCUAUCUUUUCUUGUUUGAUGUCAGCUACGCGGCUGUCUCCACAGGUCUCUUGGCCACCAGUGCAAGGACAAUUCUGGAUAGCCUCGACAGGAUACCGAAUGCCGAUCGCCGCACCCGUCUUGGAUUCAUCGCCGUGGACUCAAGCCUGCAUUAUUUCUCAGUCCCGAGAGAUACGGAGGAAAACGGCGAGACGAGCAUGCUUGUGGUCAGCGAUCUGGAUGAGCCAUUCCUCCCUGUUCCGGGCGAGUUGCUGGUCCCCCUCACCGAGUGCCGCCAAAACAUCGAAAGCUUCCUCAACAAGCUGCCCGAGAUGUUUGCGAACAACCAGAGCAAUGGAAACUGCAUGGGGUCAGCUCUCAGGGCAGGUCAUAAGCUUAUUGCCCCUCUCGGCGGCAAGAUCGUGGUGCUGAGCUCAUCUCUGCCUAACGUGGGUUACGGAAAGCUCGAGAUGAGGGAAGACAAGAAACUUCUCGGCACGUCCAAGGAAAGCGGGUUGCUGCAAACCGCCAAUUCGUUUUACAAGAGCUUUGCCGUGGAAUGCUCCAAGAACCAAGUGUCUAUCGACAUGUUCCUCUUUUCUUCCCAGUAUCAGGAUGUGGCCUCUUUGAGCAACCUCCCGCGGUACACUGGUGGUCAAACAUGGUUCUACCCGGGAUGGAACGCCGCUAGGGCCGAAGACGCCGUCAAGUUUGCGUCCGAAUUCAGUGACUACCUGUCGUCUGAAAUUGGCCUCGAGGCCGUCCUCCGUGUUCGCGCUACUACUGGACUGCGGAUGAGCACAUUCUACGGCAACUUCUUUAACAGAAGUUCCGACUUGUGCGCUUUCCCGGCUUUCCCCCGUGAUCAGUGCUAUGUCGUCGAGGUUGCUAUUGAUGAGAACCUUACCAAGAAUUUCGUUUGCUUGCAGACAGCGGUACUACAUACCACCUGCAAUGGUGAACGUCGCAUUCGCGUCAUGACUCUGGCUUUGCCGACUACCACCAAUCUUGCCGAUGUGUACGCCUCGGCCGAUCAGUGCGCUAUCGCUACCUACUUCAGCCACAAGGCGGUUGAAAAGGCCCUUGGAAACUCCCUGGAUGCGGCAAGGGAUCUCCCUCAGCAGAAGCUCACCGAACUUCUGCAGACCUUCAGGAAGGAGCUGGGCGGAGGCAGCAUGGGUGGCGGCCUUCAGUUCCCGUCCAACCUCCGUGGCCUCCCUGCCCUUUGCCUGGGCUUGACCAAGCAUGUUGGUUUGAGGAAGUCGGCGCUUAUUCCUUCGGAUAUUCGCUCUGCUGCCCUCUGCCAGCUCUCUACCCUUCCUUUGCCACUACUUAUGCAGUACAUCUAUCCCAGGCUAUACUCACUGCACGACAUGCCUGACAAUGCCGGUAUUCCUGACCCGGAGACGAGCCAGAUUGUUCUCCCACCACCCAUGAACCUCUCCUCGGAGCGGUUCGUUCCAUUCGGCUUGUACCUUAUCGACGACGGCCAAACGCAAUUCCUCUGGGUUGGUCGUGACGCUGUGCCUCAGCUCAUCCUCGAUGUUUUCGGGGUGCAGGAACGCACUCAGGUCGCUGUUGGAAAGGGCACUCUGCCUGAGUUGGACAAUGACUUUAACGAGCGUGUGAGAAACGUGAUUGCCAAGAGCAGAGACCACAAGAGCAAGGGCGUUGGCAGCAUCACAUUGCCCCAUCUGUACAUUGUCAGGGAGGAUGGUGAACCAAGCCUUAAGCUGUGGGCUCAGACUCUCUUGGUGGAAGACCGGGCGGAUCAGGGGAUGAGCUUCCAACAGUGGAUGGGAAUGCUGAGGGAGAAGGUGAGUAACUAA